AGUGUUGGCACCAAACGCUUCGCGUGCAUUUACCGCCCCCUCCAAAAUGAAAUCCUGGCUACGCGGUUGUCUUGAGCAUGGCGGAGGAGAAUCCCCCGACGUCCGCCGCCGGCGACACGCCGACAAAACUAUCAAAAUCAGAAAGAAAACUUGCGAGAAAGCAGGCAAAAGCAUGCCAUAUGUUACUGAAGCAUGAUGGAAUCCUUACAGUUACUAAUCCAACUCCCAAUCUGCUGGUUGCCAAUGGAGGUCUAGGUAAUGGGAUACAACGAGUUGAAAUUCUCAGUAUUUUCAGCAGUAUAGGCCCUGUGGAUGAUGUUGUAAUGCUGAGAGGAAAACCCUACUGCUUUGUGAAGUAUAGUAGCUCAUCUCAUGCAAUAUCUGCCAUUCAACGACUAAAUGGAUACUGUAUUAGAGAAGGCCAGGGACCAUCCAAUGUUACACUCUAUCUUUCUUAUGUCCAAAGUGUACCAGUUGAUAAGCCUCAGGCCUUGGUACCACCAAUAGGUCUUGUGAUUAUACCUGACUUCAUAGAUGAAAGAUUGGAACAUAAAUUAGUGAAUAGCAUUGAUUGGCAAAGUUCUUCAGAGAAAGUAAACCAGAGUUUGAAGCAUCGUAAGGUAAAACAUCACGGCUAUGAAUUCAAAUACACUACCAACAAUAUAGAUAGAGAUCAGCCUUUACCAGGAGGAAUGCCAAAACUAUAUGAUCAUGUGAUUAAUAGGAUCAUGGAAACCGGCCAUGUGCAGUUCAAACCGGAUCAGCUCACUAUCAACCAGUAUCAACCAGGUCAAGGUAUUCCUCCUCAUGUAGACACACACUCAGCCUUUGAAGAUGCUAUCAUAUCCCUCAGUCUGGAAUCACAGGUUGUAAUGGAGUUUAUUGAUCCUGAAGGUCAUCAAGUACCCAUAGUCCUUCCAAGGCGUAGUCUUCUUAUCAUGACAGAAGAAGCAAGAUAUAAAUGGACACAUGGGAUAAUUCCCAAGAAGACAGAUAUCAUACCAGAUCCUACAUCACCUGAAAGUCUUACGUUGCAUCCAAGAGCACAGCGGACAUCGUUUACAUUCAGAGCUGUCAGAAAAGGACCAUGUAAAUGCAAGUAUCCAGAACAAUGUGACAGUCAGAAGUCUAAAUCAGACGUGAAAGCACCACCACAGGUUUCCUACCCUAAAUCAGAGCAAGAGGCAGCAAAGCUUGAGGCUGAACAGGUUCAUGUAGUGUAUAAUAACAUUGCUCAACAUUUCAGUGGUACCCGUUACAAACCCUGGCCUAGAGUUGUAGACUUUCUGAAUCGAUUGGAACCAGGAUCUAUAGUUCUAGAUGUUGGUUGUGGUAAUGGCAAAUACCUCAGAGUGAAUAAGAAGUUACAUAUGGUGAGUACCAAGAAAUUGCUCGAUAUUUUCCCAAAAUUUCAUUUUAAGUUUUUCUUUCAAAUGGGCAGCAUUUACAAAUGUAAAAUCACUUGAAUUUUUGAAAUAAUUGUUUCAAUACAUGUAUACAUGUACUCCAUUUCAAAAUAUUUUCUUCUCUUCCCAUUGAAAACAUAAAUGUUACAGCAAUAUGUUACAUCUUAUUAUACAUUUGAUGCAAUUUUAUGCUUUUACUAAAUGCAACUGUAAAUGAAUUAUUUUAUGUAGUUUCUAUAUGUUGUUGGUUAUUGACAGUAUGACUGUGCUGAGAAACAGUGUUAUUUGAAAAUGUAAUCCUGUAUAAAGAUGUAUUAAUAGAUGAAUAAAUAAAUACA